GCGGCCGGGCGCGCCAUGCUCCUGGCCUCGGCCGUGGUGGUCUGGGAAUGGCUGAACGAGCACGGGCGCUGGAGGCCCUACAGCCCCGCGGUAAGCCACCACAUCGAGGCGGCGGUGCGCGCCGGCCCGCGCGCCGGCGGCAGCGUGGUGCUCGGCCAGGUGGACCGCCGGCUCGCGCCCUACAUCAUCGACCUGCACUCCAUGAACCAGUUUCGCCAGGACACGGGGACCCUCCGGCCAGUCCGGCGCAACUACUACGACCCCGCCUCGGCGCCCGGGAAGGGCGUGGUGUGGGAGUGGGAGAACGACCACGGCUCCUGGACGCCCUACGACAUGGACGUCGGCAUCACCAUCCAACACGCCUUCGAGAAGCAGCGGCCCUGGAUCGACCUGAGCCCCAUCGGCUUCGGCUACGUCAUUGACUUCGGCACCAUGGGCCAGAUCAACCGGCAGACGCAGCGCCAGCGCCGCGUGCGCCGCCGCCUGGACCUCGUCUACCCGCUGGUCACGGGCGCCGCGUCCUGGCCGGCCGCCCCCGGGGUCCCCGCCGCCGCCGCCGCCGCCGCCGCCGCGGGGCCGCGCGCGCCGCCCUGCUCCUGCCCGCAGUGCGUCCUGGUGAGGAGCGUCAAGGCCGCGGCAGCCCCGCCGGCCCCGGCCGCCCGCAGGAGCGCUGCCCCGCCCGCGGCCGUCAAGGGGCCGCCGCCGCCCGCGGGCCCCGGGGCCACGCCGCCGGACAGCACGGGCGUCGGCCGGGGCCCCGGGAAGCCGGCCCCGUCGUCGCAGGCGAUUCGGAGACAAGCCUCCAGCGCGGUGUCAGGGGCGGCCCCCGCAGGCUGCCCCGCCAGCCCCCCGGGGGCCAACGGCAAGGCUGGCCGGGCGGCCCUGGCCACCUUGAAUCGGACCAGCCUGCAGCGACUGGCCCUCGCCCAGUCCCGGGUGCUGAUCGCCUCUGGGGUGCCCACUGUCCCCGUGAAGAACCUGAGUGGGACCAGCCCCGUCAACCCUGCGCUGGCAGGAAUCACUGGGAUCCUCAUGAGCGCAGCAGGGCUGCCCGUGUGUCUCACCCGGCCACCAAAGCUGGUCCUUCACCCACCCCCCGUCAGCAAGAGCGAAAUUAAAUCCAUCCCUGGGGUUUCCAACACAAGCCGCAAGACCACCAAGAAGCAAGCCAAGAAAGGGAAAACCCCAGAAGAAGUGUUGAAGAAGUAUCUGCAGAAAGUCCGGCAUCCGCCAGACGAGGACUGCACCAUCUGCAUGGAGCGCCUCACUGCCCAGUCGGGCUACAAGGGCCCCCAGCCGACGGUCAAGCCGGACCUGGUGGGCAAGCUGUCCCGGUGCGGCCACGUCUACCACGUCUACUGCUUGGUGGCCAUGUACAACAAUGGCAACAAGGAUGGGAGUUUGCAGUGUCCAACCUGUAAGACCAUUUACGGGGUGAAGACGGGCACCCAGCCUCCAGGGAAAAUGGAGUACCACGUCAUCCCCCACUCCCUGCCUGGGCAUCCGGACUGCAGAACCAUCCGGAUCAUCUACAGCAUCCCCCCUGGCAUUCAGGGGCCAGAACACCCGAAUCCUGGGAAAAGCUUCAGUGCCCGUGGCUUCCCUAGACACUGUUACCUCCCGGACAGCGAGAAAGGGAGAAAGGUCCUGAAGCUGCUGCUCGUGGCCUGGGACCGCCGCCUCAUCUUUGCCAUCGGGACGUCCAGCACCACGGGCGAGUCAGACACCGUCAUCUGGAAUGAGGUCCAUCACAAGACAGAGUUCGGCUCUAACCUCACCGGCCAUGGCUACCCGGACGCCAACUACCUGGAUAACGUGCUGGCCGAGCUGGCCGCCCAGGGCAUUUCCGAGGACAGCGCUGCCCAGGAGAAGGACUGAGCUGGGGGGGACGGGGCUUCGGGGUGGCAGGGGUGUGGGGACCGCAGGGCAAGAAGUGGGGGGAGUCAGGGUGGAAGCUGGUACCAUGCCCUCCCGAGCCCCUUGUGCGGGCUCCAGCCCCCGUCCUUCCGGCCACAGGGGGGAGCCAGAGUGAAUAAGGGGAUGUCAUUCACAAACCUCAUCCAACAUGCAGGGGCCACGGGACGGGGUGAGGGCCACCCUCCGUUUGUUCCCGUGGAGUUUCGGUGCUGGGUAGGCAGGGACUCCUCCCCUCACCCCCCCCCAGCAGGGGGCACAGUCAGCACACGUGGGGUACGGGCACCCCUUACCCUGGCCUUGUGAAGUCCGAGGCGCCCGUCUCGGCCGGCUUCUUGCUGCUUCCACUCUGCUUGGAGAGCGGAGUUUCUACUUUUCUCUCCUCCCCUGGAGGUGAGGAGCUCUCACUGUGCAAGACUGAGGGGGCAAAGGGGUGAACCGCUGAACUGCUGCGACAUCGGCAACCGGUACCUCGAUUUACAGCGUGGAAGUGCUGCUCACUAAGACGGUCCCAGCAGCGAGGGCUUCCGGGAGCAUCUCAGCUCCCAUCGCGGUCCUGGCUGCUCCCGCCUCCCGCCCACCCCUCUGCCCUGUCCAAAGAGGCAUCCGAUUCUCCUAUGCAGACGGAGGGACUCUGGGAUUCCUCUCUGGGGCGCGAUGUCUCCCGCCCCUCUCUGAUCAGACCAGAGCGUGCGUCCCACUUAGCGUCUGAAUUAGUCCUCAGGGAGAGGAGCCCAGCCCUUCCAACUCAUCCCAGACCAGCUCAGAGAUUCCGUGUGAUUCAUCCAGUCACUGUGAGUGGGGCCCAGGCUGGCCUUCGCGCCAUCAGUGGGCGUUGUGUGUGCGCAUGCGCGUGUGCACACCUCUCGGCCAGGCUCCGCCACUCGGCCAGGGUGGCGGAGGGUCCCAUCAUGAUCUCACACUCUGGUUCUGCAAACUGUCGGACCCCAGUUCUGAUGGGAAUGAAACAGCCAGGCGGUGGUCUGUGGACGUGCCUCACUGUCUGACAUCCAUCCCGUAGUCAGCGUGAACUCAGACCGAGACAGAGCUGUGCUUGGGGGUUGCGUAGGGUGCAGGGUGGACGGAUUCCUGUGUAUAUCUCUCUCAGAUACACAGGCCGGAUCUGAGCCGGUCCACGAGGACCUCAGCAGGUCUCCGUGCACAUUGUCUAGUGAGCCUGGAUGGGGUGCAGGGACCCUCAUCUCCCUCUUCAAUGACCGGCUGGCCCAGCGCAGGAGGGAGCCUCCAGCCCUUUCCAGCAGGGUCGGGACCACCUUGGGGUCCAGUUCAACCUGUGUCCGGGUUAUGUCCCAAGACCCUGCCUGUCCCCUCCCCCACAUUCCCUUCAGCUCCCAUGAAGAAGACAAUUGGGGGUCAGGGAGGAGAGACGGGGGGUGAAGAAGGGAACCCCAAUUCUGCCCCCUUUGAAAGUGGAUCCUCUGAACUCCAUGUUUGGGGAAAUUUCCUCUGGAUCCCGAUUCAAAUUUAUAUACCUCGUGUCUGGGGGUCUGACGUAUAUAUAUAUAUAAAUAUGCACAUAUAUUUCAUAGUAUUUGGAAGGUUUUCGAUGCUGGAAAAAUGGAAAUGGAAAAGCCUUCAGACGCGGCACUGAAGUUAGAAGAGGCAGCCAAGCUUCUCCGAGAGCCGGCUCUGCGUGGCCUGCUCUCAGGCCUGCAGACAUUCUGACGGGGGGCGGCCAGGGGGUUCGCUCGGGUGUCACCCCGUUCCUGGGGUACACUGGUGCUGAGCUCGUCCCCCUCUUCCACGUGGCGGAAGACGUGAAAGUGUUAGUCGCCAAGUUGCUCUGGGGAUAUUAGUUAGCUCCAGCGAAGGCCGCGCUGGCAGCCUCACCCAUCGGUCAUUUAUCUCACCAGCAGACCAGGAGACUGGCCCCCAGCCCACCGCACUUCCGGCAGUUUCCUGCAGCAGCCGGGAAGGAAAUAUCCGAACUGAACGGGAGAGCCGUCCCUUAGCGUUUGAUGUCAGCCCAAGCCCGUUGCCGGACCACCCUGUGCCAGAGACGGACUUCAUCGUAAGCCCGGCUAUACCCCCACCCUCCUUCGGCAUCCUUGUCCGGGAUCUCCGGGCUCCUCACUCACAGGAACGCGGAAACAGACCCAGAGUCGGCAGGUAGACAGAGCGCUGUGGCGGGAGGUGGGGAAAGAAGGGAGACUGGUAACUGGCAGAGAGACUGAUUUCCCUGGGUCGGCCGGAAGAAGGUGCGGGUGGAGAAGGAGCCAGGCCCAGGGCAGAAAGGAGGCUGCAGGGGAAAGGCAGGCAGGCGGUGACCCUUUGAGAGUCGUCUUCACACCCUCCAGCCUCCCGCUCUCAGGAUGCUCACAGUACUGAUGGCCUGUGUCUCUUCCCGAGAUACUCGUAGGGGCUACCUCAUCUGCUGCUCUUCUAGUGGGACUUUCUGGGCAGAAGAAGCCGUUCGUGUCCCUUAUAACACUGUGCCAGGCGAGGGUGGUGGGAGGGGCAUGCCUCUGCCCUCUCUCUCAUGCCAACCUGGAAAGGUACAACCCUGGGUUGGGCGAGAGCCCCCGCUGGCAGAGGUCCUGCGCAUCCAUCACUCGGACGCAGCAAGUCCUCCCGCCGGAAGCCCUGCUGUGUUCCCUGCCACGUGCCGGGAAUCCCAUGCCUGUCCGCUCAUUGUCUUAGCACCAGCAGCCUCGUUUCUCCCCUCCCGAGUCUCCAGGGAGGACACGUGGGACUGGAGACAAACCCUCUUAGUGCUCAUCCCUUGAAAGGUGGAUCGUGUGAGUGUGUGUGCAGUUGCCUUUGUGUUUUCAUCCCCCUUUUGAUGCCUGGACUUCUCUGUGGUUUCACGCCUGGUCCAAAGUGCUCGUCCUGGUGUUGUGGGCAUGAGAUGGUUGGGGGGAGGUCCUGUGUGGUACCAGGAAGGGCCCUGUCCUCUUUAACUGGUCUGUGGUCCUUGGCAUUGAUGGUGGGGCGGGGGUGGUUCUGGGGGAGAGUGGGUGAGUGUCCUGUUGUAAAUCACUGUAACUGGUGUGUUUUGAAGUCCUUGGUGUUGCUCUGUGGGUGGACAUCGCCACCUGGUGCUCAUGAGGUUUACGUGCGGAACAAUAAACGGCAAACAACAACCGCAAA